AUGCACAAACCCACAUAUGAUACAGUUUCCGAUGACGGAAGUGUCAUCUGUGGUCAAUGGACAGCUGAUUUGAACUCCUCCACCACUUGUCACUGGGGUCAGAUCCCAGCCCGGAUGAUUAUGACCCUGCUGACUCAACCGAAUGUGACCUUGUUCACCUCAUUUCUGACGGAUAUGGUCACCUAUUUCGGCCCGACCGGGACACAUACGGCCAUUUUCAAUCUGUUCCAGUCUACCGGGUACGGAGAAACCGGGAGCACUGAUCAGACGCACAAUCUGAUGUUUUCCGAUUUCACCAAGAAUAUAUACGUGCCACCGGACGAGGAGACUGCAACCUACUAUCGGUGGAUCAAUGCAAGUUUCCUUGAAGCAUUGAAAAAACUGGAUCAGUGCCCGCUGCCCACCAUGGGCUGGUGCGUGAUUGACGAAUUCGAGAUGGACAAGUGCCAGCGCAUGAGCAGCGCGUUUGCUGCGCGCAGCAUUCAGCCCGAUUUGACUUGUCUUCAAGCCGAAUCCGUUUUGGAUUGUAUGCGGCUGAUCCAGGACGGUUAUGCGGAUAUGGUCAACCUGGAGGCGGGUGAUUUGUAUGCGGCGGGCAAAUACUUCGGCCUCGUCCCCAUUGUGGCUGAAGUUUACGGAGAUGGUCCGCAUUAUUUUGCCGUGGCUGUAGUGAAAAAAGUCAAUCCGAAUUUGCUCAUCUCAAACUGGCGUCAUCGUUUCACGUGUCACAGUGGAGUGGGUAAAGCGACCGGUUGGAUUGUCCCGAUCAACACGAUACUGGACACCAGACAGGUGAUCGUUUUGGAUGGACAUUUAAUUUUUGCCUUUGGAGAACUGAUCAGCCGCUCGUGUAUCCCGGGGAUACUGAGCGAUCCCUAUGAUCAAACAAACACAAACUCGUUGAAUUUGUGCGAAUUGUGCACCGGUGGGAACAAAGAUCGAUGCAGACGGGAUCAUUUGGAAUUGUACUACGGAGACGCGGGUGCGUUCCGAUGUCUGACCGAGGGUGCCGAUAUCGCAUUCACUCGGCACACCACAGUACACACGAACACGGCCGGUCGCAAUCCCAACUACUGGGCUCGAAAUCUACGCGAGGAUGACUACGAACUAUUGUGUCCGGACGGACGUCGAUUGGAAGUUAACCAAUGGGCCACAUGCAAUCUGGCUAAGAUUCCAAGCAACGUGAUAGUGACAGCCAGUUACAAAUCGGAAAACGAACGAACCAAUAUGUGGCGUUUGUUACAAUACGGGCAAGAGUACUAUUCGGCUGACAAGAGUUCCACUUUUCAAAUGUUCGAUUCUGGAUUUGGUCACAAGGAUCUGAUAUUUUCCGACGACACAGAAAGUCUGCAGAGAAUUCCCUGGGAGAAUCAGACAUACGAACGAUGGCUUGGACCGCGAUUCUUACAGCUGGUUGAAAAUUUGGAAGCUAUCUCUCGACGAUAUGAAGCUGGGAUAUAUGCAACAGCGCAUCGUAUUCAUUUCGAGACAUUACUGGUUUGUCAUUUAGCCUUCAUUAAUUGUAUCCGGUUGAUCAGUGUAUGA